UCAUCGGCGCCUAUCUACCUCCCCUGGAACAAACAGACACCACACAAGGCAUCCACAACACCGACAAGAGAAACACAUCUGCCAUCGUCUGCCGUGCCGCGCACCAGUUGGCUUCCUUACGUGAUCUAGAUCGUGACCUGGAGGGUGACCGUGAGUACCGGCUCCUCUCACGGCGAUCUGAACACACACACACACACCAAUCCACACACACAGACACACAUCGAUCCACACUGGUCAGGCCGCCUCUCUCUCCAUAGCUACCCACCUCGUUCAGGUGCCCUCCUGUCCCUGUUGUCUCUGAUGUCGCGGUCUCCUCGCCUGUCCCUGUCCCUGUCCCCCUCACGGCUGUCCGGACGUCGCCUCCUGUCGUCCCUCCCCCUCUCCCUAUCCCUCUCGCGACUGUCAGACCGAGAACUGCACACAUACAUACCCACCCAUGCAUCCAUCCAUCCAUCAAACAAACAGACAGACAGACGCUGUGCACGCCCUUCGUGUGUGUGGGUGUGCGCAUACCGGUCCCGUCCUCGCCUUUCCCUGUCCCUGUCCCUGUCCCUGCCGCCGCCAUUCCUGUCGUCAUUGCGGUCACGGUCUCGCGGAGGUGCGUCGCGGUCACGGUCACGCCGCUCUGCAGCCAGGCAGGAAGACAGCACACACAUCAGUAGGGAGAGACGUGUGUGCUGCUGCAGAGUGUGAUGUAAGAUCGUCCAGUAGGUGGCGUACGUUUGAGUCUGUCUGGCGGGGGCGGGAAGGCAGAUCGCACGGGGCUCGAGUCGUCAUCGCCUGACAGACAGGGGGACACGAAUGACACACAGACAGACACACAUACGGUGAGUGGUGGACGGAUGUCGGUGUGGGUCAGGUCAGUCAGUGUGUGGUGUGGUGUGGUUGGCUUACCUCCCCCCUUCCGCCUGUCGGGUGCCGCUGGGAAUGGCGUGCGCUGAGGCCCGCCCUCACGGCUGUCACCUGCACAACACAACACACGCACACACCGGAGGAGUGAAAAAGGUCGAUCACCGCCUCGCCCACUGUGUGUCUAGACUGACCUCUGUCUUCAUCCCGUUCAGCCCGCCGCUUGCUGUCGUACCCCCUCUCCCUCUCUCUCUCGCCGCCGCCGCCGCCGCCGCCGCCGCCCAUGGCCAUCAUUGCUCCUCCUCCAUAUGCGUUGGAUUUCUUGGCCUUUUUCUUCUUCCUGCGGCCGAACUCAUCGUACUCGUCGUCGGACUGGUGCUCGUUGCGGUCGGCACUGAUGCGCACACGCCACAGACAGAGGCAGGAGGAUGGCGGUCGAUGUGAUGUGGUGCCCGCGUGGAGGUGUGGUGCUUGCUUACGGGUCCUGCAGGUCGAAAUGGCCACCUCCCCGGCCUGUGCGAGGCUCCUGGCAGCACACACGACAAGACGCACACACAGAUGGGUUGGCAUGACAUGACAUGAGCUGCACUUCUGUCCUCUGCGCAUGUGGGCAUACGUCGUUGAGCCCCGGCUUGGGCGCAUUGCAAAUGUUGCAAGCGUCACGACGGGCCCAGUUGACAUUCCCGCAUCUGACAUGAAGCAAAUUAACAUCAUGAAACAAGGACUUAGGCAGUGUUUGUGUGUGCCCUCUUCUGGCUGACCCUGGGCAGGGCCAGUCGCCCUUCUUGAAGAGACCAGGAGGACCGCCUGCACACACACACACACCAGACACAAGGAGAGAUGAAUCGGCCAAUGUCUGCUGAGAGGCGGUGUGUGUCAGUCAGUGUCUUUCACGCACGCACCCCAGUUGGGAAUGUCCUGGAGGGGAUCACCAGCUGCAACAAAGACACAGGCACGACGACACGUACGUCACCAGCCCGAUCAGCAGAGUGCGGCUGUGCCGUCUGGCUAUUCAGUCAGUUCAGCGCACUUUUGGGUUUGUUCGCGCCGCACUUGUUGCACUUGGUGCGCUUGGCGAAAUUGAUGUUGCCACACCUGCAUCAGUCGAACACGAUGCAUGCAGGCCGCAAAGGCACAUCCUCCUCAGUUCCCGUGUGCGGAAUCUCUCUCUCUCCUUCUCCUCACGUUGGUUCGGGGCACUCCCAGUCGCCUUCCUUCAUCUGGCGCGCUGUGCGCAGCACACACACAACCAUCGAUCGUCACCUGUGCGUGUCUCGUCUCGUCCGCUGCAUCCUCCUUACGACGCUUGGCUCGAAAAGCCCCUCCACCAGCACCUGCUGCACCCGCGGCGCCGGGAGCCGCGGGAACCGCACCGCCUGAUCAACACACAUACACAUACACAUCGGACAGAUGAUUCCGCAUAUAUUCGCAUCACCCUACUGAUCUCACAAUGCACCUGCGUCUGGCGGAGGGAAGGCGCCGGGGACUCCCGGCAUCGCGACUGCGCCGGGGAUAAUGGGCGGGAUGGGUGGGACGAGGGGAUGGCUCUCGGGUGAUGCCACGCCCACCGCUGCUGCCGCUGCUGCGUCGGGUGGCGGGACACCAGGUCCAGGUGCUCCAGCAGGCCACCCGUUGCCGGCGAACAU